CGCGACUAUGCGUGAUGACGUUAGCUGCACGCAGCGCUCGGGCUUUCGGAAGAGAGAAGGCAAGUUAGCUUUCAGAAAACCGGACUAAAAUCAUGCAAAAAACGAGUGUUUAGAUUCUGCAUAACCAUGGAGACUGAUGCACACUCCUUCCACGUGGAGUUCCCAGAUUUUUCCUGCUCGCUCCUGAAGAAGCUGAACCAGCAGCGCCAGAGAGGGCAGCUGUGCGACCUCAUCGUGUCCAUCUGCGGACAUCAGUUUCGCGCCCACCGUGCGGUUCUGGCCGCCAGCUCUCCGUACUUCUGCGAUCAGGUGCUGCUGAAGAACAGCGCCCGCGUGGUGCUGCCAGACGUCAUGCAUCCGUGCGUUUUCGAGCAGCUCCUGUUGUCGUGCUACACGGGAGGGCUUUCGGUGCCGGCUGAAGACGUGGUUUCCUUCUUAACAGCCGCGAGCUUCCUGCAGAUGUGGCACGUGGUAGACAAAUGCACUGAGCUUCUGGAAGUAGGGAAGAAAAACCGGAUCGACCAUGGAUCAUCUCCAAAAGGUGAUGGUUAUGCCACUGAUAGUGAGGACGCUGGUCAGACUGCAGCUCAGGGAGAAGAUCUAGCUGAUCUAGAUCCUGCUUCAGGUCCAGGGGCUUUAGAAAGCACUGGCUGUUCGUCUCCAGAUGAUCCGAGCAGUGAGAAUGGCUCAGAUGCAAUGGAAAACCAGUGCUCUAGACCGGCCUAUGUGCCGCAGAGCAUAAUGGGACACAGAAAGAAGGUGCAUAUAAAAUCAGAAAGGCAGAAUCGAGAUGCUUGCGGCAGCUUGUUAGGCGCCGAACACGGCGUAAACGAUCCAGACGAUCCGAACAUGGCAGAGGAUUGUUUUGACGAGAAACUAGUGGAGUGCUUGGAUCGAGACUGCUCUUAUGAAGAGCCGUUAGACUUCUACGGGACUUCCAUGGAGAGCUUUUCGCAAGCCUCAGAUGAGUUUUCCAACCCGACGUCCAGGGAGAAACUCCAGCUUGAAGGAGGUGCUGAUGUUUCUAAAGAGGAGACGCCGGAUGACGAUGGCUUAAAAGAGCAAACCUCUCACUCAGGCUUCGCUUCGGUGGUUUACAAGCUCUAUCCGUGCCAGUGCGGCAAAAGUUUCACGCACAAAAGCCAGAGGGACCGGCACAUGAGCAUGCAUCUGGGUCUGAGGCCGUUCAGUUGCGCCGUUUGCGGCAAAAGCUUCAAGAUGAAGCAUCACCUGGUGGGCCACAUGAAGAUCCACACGGGCAUCAAACCUUACGAGUGCAGCCUUUGCUCCAAGCGCUUCAUGUGGAGAGACAGCUUCAACCGACAUACCUCCACGUGUGCAAAGGCCCAUCAGACCCGACGGGCCUCUCAGAUCUGCUAGAGAAACCUCAGCAUGCAAGCAUCCUUUACCUGAAUGCCAAACUAGCCACUGUACACUGCAGAGUUAUUUUAAACAAGCACCUCAGUUUUGAACAGAGGCUUUCUGUUCAGUUUAUUUGUUCAGGUGUAAAGUAUCGGACAAAAGCUGGGAAAAAUUGCAUUUUUGGUAAUGUUUUUAGGAGAAGAUACUCGUGCUCACCAAGGCUGCGUUUAGGAAUCGAAACAAAUACAGGAAAAGCAGUAAAUUUGUUAAAUAUUAUUACAUUAUUUUAUUAUAAUAUUACAAUUUGAAUAUGUUUUAAAAUGUAAUUUAUUUCUGUGAUGCGCAGCUGUAUUUUCAGCUUCAUUCCUCCAGUCUUCAGUGUCACAUGAUCUUCAGAAAUCAUUCUGAUUUGCUGCUCGAGAAACAUUUCUGAUUAUUAUUAACGGUGAAAACAGUUUUUAAUAUUUUUGUGGAAAACGUUAUAAAUAACCAUUCAGAUUUUUUUUAUUAUUAUUGAAAUUAACAAGCAUGCAUUCCAGUAUAUUGAUCAAAAGUAAAGACAUUUAGUAUGUUACAUAAGAUUUUUAUUUCAAAUAAAUGCUUUGAACUUUUGUUCAAUACAGAAAUUCUGAAAAAAUGCAAUAUGUUUUCCACAAAAAUCAUAAC